UUAGCAGCGCAGCUAGCUGCUCCGUGAUGACAGCUACCGGAAGUGGGAGCAGAGGAAGAGGAGGAGGAAGAGGAGGGGGCGGAGUCUGUUUGUUGACAUCGGGACGAAAGCGAAAAUCAGAUGAUUGAGGACUGAAAACAGCUUCACUGAGCCCGUCACCAGGACACGAAGCCCAGGUCCUCUGUUCUGCCCGUCUCCGACCUGAGCCAGCAGCGCGGGGCGAACAUGGCAGCCAAAGCGGGCGACGACCCGGACAGCCUGAUGACGCUGGCCACCGUGUUCUGCCUGAGGAACCUGAGGAAGACCAUGUGCUACCAGGGCUUCAGGAACAAGCUCUGCAUGCGCGCCGACAUCUUCCUGCCCAGCGAAAUCUGCGACAAACUCGUCAACAUGUACAUGGAGCUGGUCCACACCGACAGCAACUUUGAGCCGGAGGAGAGUUUCUUCCAGCUGUUCUCGGACCCGCGCAGCACCAGGCUGACCCGGGUCCAGCUGAGGGAGGACUUCGUCCGGGACCGGGACCUGGAGGCCAUCAGGAAGCAGGACCUGAUCGAACUCCACCUCACCUACUGCAACAGCCUGUCGUCCCGCAGCCUGAAGACUCUGUCCAGCUUCAGAGAGACUCUGGUGUCUCUCUGCCUGUUCGGCUGCAGUAACAUCUUCUACAGGAAGGGCGGCGCCCCGCUGGCCUGCACCGAGGACUCCGAGGACGAGGACGAGGACGUCCCGGCCGCCCGGCAGGCCCCGGAGACGGACUUCAGCUUCCGGGGCUUCGACCGGCUGCGGCUGCUGAACCUGGGCCAGCUGCCCGACGACGUGGAGGCGGAGUCUCUGCUGCGGCCGCUGCGCUCCGUCACCGCGCUGGACCUGUCCAACGUCCGCCUGCAGGGGGCGGCCUUCCUCACGCAGUGGAGGGAGCGGCUGGCCUCGCUCGUCCUCUACAACGUGGAUCUGUCGGAGGAAGUGGUCGGCACCGUGCUGGAGCUGGGCAACCUCAGACAUCUGGACCUGUCCCGGGAGAGCAGGCGGAACGUGAAGUUCAAGAUGACCCGGAAGAUCCUGACGGUUCUGGUGCAGCGGCUGCUCCACCUCGUCUCCCUGGACAUCUCCGGACACAUCAUGCUGGACAACUGCACCGUGCCGCACUUCGAGGAGGCCGUGGGCCGGCCCAGCACCGAGCCGUGUAAGAGCAGCAUCUACCCGCUGCAGGAGCUGAAGAGGCCGCUGCAGUUCCUGGGCCUCUACGACACGACGCUGUGCAACGUCACUCACAUCCCGGCCUACAAGGUGACCGGGUCAAAGAACGAGGAUCAGGUUCUGAACGCCAUCGAAGCCUACACCGAGUUUCGCCCGGAGCUCGCCCACAAAGCCAUCAACCAGCUGUUCGACAUCGCCCGGAUACAGCACUGCAGCCAGCUGCUGCGGGCCCUGCAGCUGGUGAUCGCCGCCCUGAAGUGCCAUAAGUACGAUAAGAGCAUCCAGGUGACGGGCAGCGCGGCGCUCUUCUACCUGACCAACACCGAGUACCGCAGCGACCAGAGCGUCCGCCUGCGCCGCGACGUCAUCCAGGUGGUUCUGAACGGGAUGGAGCAGUACCAGGAGGUCACCGUGCAGAGGAACUGCUGCCUGACGCUCUGUAACUUCAGCAUCCCGGAGGAGCUGGAGUUCCAGUACAGCCGGGUCAACCAGCUGCUGCUGAAGAUCCUGGAACCGGCCCGGCAGGACGAGUCCAUCCAGAGGAUCGCCGUGCAUCUCUGUAACGCGCUGGUCUGCCAGGUGGACAACCACCACAAGGAGGCCGUGGGCAAGAUGGGCUUCGUCAAGACCAUGCUGAACCUGAUCCAGAAGAAGCUGCAGGACCGAACGUGUGACCAGGUGAUGGAGUUCUCCUGGAGCGCGCUCUGGAACAUCACCGAUGAGACGCCUGAUAACUGCCAGAUGUUCCUGAACUGCCGCGGCAUGAGCCUCUUCCUGGAGUGUCUGGAGGAGUUUCCAGACAAGCAGGAGCUCCACCGCAACAUGCUGGGGCUUCUGGGUAACGUGGCGGAGGUGAAGUCUCUGCGGCCGCAGCUGCUCACGCCUCAGUUCAUCACCGUGUUCAGCAACCUGCUGGAGAGCAAGGCGGACGGCAUCGAGGUCUCCUACAACGCCUGCGGCGUUCUGUCCCACAUCAUGUUCGACGGGCCCCAGGUGUGGAGCAUGGAGGAGCCGCGGCGCGACGCCGUCAUGGACAGGAUGUGGGACGCCAUCCAGAGCUGGGACGUCAGCUCCCGCCGCAACAUCAACUACAGGUCGUUCGAACCGAUCCUGCGGCUGCUUCCUCAGAGCAUCGCCCCGGUCAGCCAGCACUGGGCCACCUGGGCGCUCUACAACCUGGUGUCCGUUUACCCCAGUAAAUACUGUCCGCUGCUGAUAAAGGAAGGCGGCGUUAGUCUUUUGGAGAAAGUUCUUGAGCUGGAGAGUUCCCAGCCAGAGACCAAGGAGAUGGCGAGGAAGGUGAUGGAGCAGUGCGAGAACUUCAAGGAGGAUCCGAUGGAGACGAACAACGGCCAGGAGGCCAACUACGGCCAGAGAGGCUGAGCCAGAACCAGAACCAGAACUCCCCGUCUGCAGCGGGUCCAGCUGAGGAGAACCGGCUGGUUUCUGCUUCUUUUCCCGUUUCCUCUUGUUUCGUAGAGCAGAGCGACCUCUGAACCCGGACGCAUCAUAGGAGCCGCCAUGUUGGGUCGGGAGGGCUGCGUGUGUGUGUGUGUGUGUGUGUGUGUGUGUGUGUGUGUGUGUGU